AUGGAGGAACAUAAUCAGAUGUUUGGGAAGGCAGAUGUGAAUCAAAAUAUAAAAAUAUCUGUUAGGGAAGAUAAAAUAAUAAAUAAUAAAUUAGAUGCAAGCUAUAAUAAUAUGGAUAAGUUAAAAGGAAUGUCUAGUCAGGAAUUUGAGCAAUUAUUAAAUAGUGAUGAUUAUUGUAAAAAUUUAAUUUAUAGAGAAGGACAAAGAAAAAGUGGAAUUGAAAAAGGAGAUAGAUUAUCUGUAUAUUCAAAAGUUAGUUUACUUAAUGAUGAUUAUUUUUUAAGAGAUGGUUUAAAUUUAAAUAAAAAAAAAAAUAGUGUAAUGGGCAAUAAUAAUAAUAAUGGUAGACAUUCAUCUGUUUUUAAUUUAAGUGUUACUGAAGAUAAUACAAAAAUGAUGUCAAAUAAUUUUGAUUGUAAAUCUAAUGAACAUUUUAAUGGAUCUUUAUCUCAAAGUGAAUUUCCAUAUGAUAGUGAUUUGAUUACUCCUUCUCCUUCGAAAGAUAAAAUAGGAGAAGAUGAAAAUUAUAAUAUAAAAAAUGUAAAUUUUUCUGAACGUUCAGAAAAAAGAAAUCAAUCUAUAGACAUUUUAGAUGCACAAUUUAAUAAUUUGAAAAAUAAUUUCUUUUUAAGUGAUAGUCAAGGAAAUGGAAUGGAAUAUGAAAAUGAUGGAGAUGAAAAAGGUAGAGAUGAAAUUGAAAAUGAUUAUUAUUUGGGAGAAUAUGCAAGUGAUUCUGAAUAUUUAAGACGAACAUCUAAAAGUAAAAAAAAUAAUAUGGAAGUUAUGAUGAAUUAUGGCAAUGAUGAUUCAUUAAAUAAUAGUAGAACAUCUAAUAAUAGUUUUAGUUUAUGGGAGAAUAAAAUAAAUUCAACAAGACAAAUUAAAAUAAAUAAUGAAACACCUAAAAAAGGAAUAUUAAAACAAAGUAAUUCUGCAAGUCCAAUAAAAGAAUUAAAAGAUAAUCUCCAAAAUAAUAAUAAUAAUAAUAGCACAUUUAGUGCUCGAAAGAAAUCAGUUCAAUUUUCCCAUAGAUCUAUAGCUGUAUUUGAUGAUAAAGAAAAAAUAUCUCCUUUACAUCUAACCCAUUUUACAAGAAUAUCUAGUGAUUCUAAUGUAUCAGAUGUAAAAAGAAAAAGUAUGUCAAAUUCUUCAUUAGAAGUUAAAGAUAAUUUAAAUCAAAAUGAUAAUGAACAAUCUCCAAUCGAUAAACUUUUAUAUAAAUAUGAUUUAAAUAAUAGUAUAACUAUAUCUAAUAUUAAUAAUAAAAAAAAAAGAAGUAAUAUUGAUUUUUUAAAUAAUAAUGAUGUAAAUUCUAUUAGAUCUAUGUCUCCUGAAUCUGCUCGAUUUAAAACAAAAACAUCAGAAGACUUUGUAGAAUCGGUUCGAUUAUCACCUUUAAAAAAAAAAGUGAAAGAAAAUUAUUUAAGUGAAAGUUUUCAAAAUGACGAUGAAGAGUUUUUAAGGAAGCUAUUAAACAAUACUAAUGAAAGUAGACAAAAUAAUGGAAGCUAUACAAAUGAGGGAGAGAGACAUGAAAAGGGAAUUGCUAUUACUUGUACUGACUCAGAUGGUAAUAAAGUUGAAAACAUUCAUCAGAGCUUAAAUCGAAAUUUUGAAAAUAAUUAUGAAAAACGGGAAGUUAGUGGAGGAAUUCAAAUGGAUAGAAGUGAAAAAGAUCAAAGUAGAGAGAUUGGUGAAGCGGAUGAAGACAAUAGUUCCUUUAAGGAUGCCCUUGAACCAGGUGAUGAAAACGAGUUUGAUAUUAGACAGUCAUAUAAAAAUGAAGAAUGUAAACAGAAAGAUAAUUUAGAUGCAGAAAAUAAGAAUGAACAGGAUGGAAAAUUUGAAAUAGUGAAUAGAAAUAAUAUGAAUUUACAUGUAGAUUGGAAAGUAAGACCUGAUAGAAAAACUAUAAAUAUUAUUGAAAGAGGUAAAAGAUAUAAUAAUGAUAUGGAUGAAGAAUCUGAAAGUAAUGCAGGAAAUAAAAGAUACAGAGCUAGCUAUAAUAUUAAUAUUCGAAAUAAUAAUUAUGGAUAUGGUAGCAAUAAUAAUGAAAGCUUUAAAAAACAGAUUCCUUUUCAAGUUUCUACUAAUAGUCAAAAUUACAAUUAUGGCACAUAUGAUGAUGGGGAAAAAGGAAAUAACAAUGAGUCUGCAAACUUUGACUUUGCACCGAAUGAGGUAGACAAUGUUGUCAAUGAAAAUGAACAGAAUGAAGGUGAACAAAAUGAGGAGAAUAAUAAUAUGGAAAAUAAUAAUAUGGAAAAUAAUGAGAUGGAAAAUGAUGAGAUGGAAAAUGGAUUGGGAGAGGAAGAGGAAAACGAAAAAAUGUUUUACUCUCUAAACAGGGAUCCAAAUGAAUAUGAAGAGAAUUGCGAAGCCAAGCAAAUGGAAGAGAAUGAGGAAAAUGUUGAAAAUAAUGAUGAUGGCACAAAUGAAGUUUAUGAGAAAGAGGAUAAAGUUGAAGAAGAGGUGAAUGUAAAUUAUGAGGAAAUGGAAAAAAGAAGGAAUGAAGAAAAUAUGGUUUUAAAAAAAAAGUUAGGAGAAAAUUUAAAAAAAAAACAAGAAAUGAUUAAAGAGACAACAUUAAAUAUUAUUCGUCGUUGUAGAAUAUAUUCAUUAAAACAAGUAAGUAAUGAAAAAAAGAAUCUUCCAAAAUUAAUUAAAUUAUAUGAGCAUAUAAGGAAUAUAAUAUUUCAAUUUAUAAAUAAAAUAAAUAAUUUAAAUAAUAUAAGUAUACAUUUAGAUGAUGCAAUAUUAAAAUAUGAAAUUAUUCAAUUAAAUUAUGGUAAAACUCAAAAAGCUAUAGAUGCAUUAAAAAAAUAUAAUUCAAAACUUAUGAAAAAAAUUGAAGAAAAGAAAAAUAUUUUAGACAAACAAAGUAGUGUAUUAGAUAAUAAAAAUAAAAAAAUGGAUGAACUAAAUCAAAAAUUAAAUAAUUUAAAAAUAUUAUAUGAUAAUGGAUCAACUAGAAAACAUGAAAUAGAAUUAAUAAAGAUGUAUAAAUCAAAGUUAGAAGAAUUAAAAAAAGUAGAAAUAGUUAAAGGGGUUAUGAUUAAAAGUUUUAAUAAAUAUGGCAUCAUUUUUGAAUUACUAAAUUUUAAUUAUUACAAUUUUUCAUCUUUAUAUGAAUAUAAUGAAAAAGCAAUGAAUUCUUUUUUUACAAAAGAAAGUUUAGAUUUAUCAGUAGGAAAUAGUAAUGCAAUAAAUUCAAAUAAUGUAGGUAUAAAUUUUUCAAACAACAUAAAUACGAUAAAAAUGACCGAAUUUGGAAAUAGUAUUAUACCUACUCAAGAUGCAGAACAAAAGAAAGACACAAUUUUAAAAAAUAAAAAUGUUGAUUAUGCAGGUGCUGGCAUUAAUAGAGAUACAAAAGAGGGUACAAAUAUUAUCGAGACAAAAAUGAAAAACUUACAAAAUGGUGAGCAUGAUGAAUUUCCAUCUAAUGAACGAUAUAUACAAAAGACAAAGUUUGGUGAAAACUUUUUAAAUAUUAGAAAAGAAGAUUUUUCAUUUGAAAGAAAUGGUUUUGAUAUUUAUGAGCUCUAUCAAAAGGAGUAUAAAUUACGAUAUUUACUUAAAAAGGGAAAUAAUAAAAAAGCAAUAUUUAUGAACAAGAUAGAAGAACAAGAUCUAACUAAUAAAUGGCCAUAUAAUAUUACUAUUGAUAUAAUUUUUGCAAAUAUUCCAAAACCUAAUGAAGAAAUAGAUAAUCUUAAUAGUUUUUCACCUUUAAAAUUAAAAAGUUUUAAACAUUUAAUAUCAAAUAAAAUGCAUUUACAUGAUUCUUAUGGUGAAAAAAAUAAUAUAAUUGUUGAUAGUGCAAAUGCAGAUAGUAGUAAAUAUUUAGGUUUAUUUAGACCUUAUAAAAUAUUGAUUGAUUCUUUUAAAUCAUUUAAAGAAGUAAAAAUAACAACAUAUUAUAAGUACAUAAAUAAUGAAAAUAUUUAUAAUCAUAUAUGGAAUAGAACACAUAAUAAAGAAGGAUAUACAAUUAAUAUCAAUACAAUAAAUAAGGAUGUCUAUAAAGAUUUAAGUGAUAGCAUAAAUAAUAAUAAUAUGAGUAAUGAAAAAAAUAAUUCUUAUUCUAAUUUAAAGAAUACCAUUUAUAAUUAUUCCCAUAGUUAUGAUAAUAAAUUUGUUGGAACUGAAUGGAAAGCACAAUUAGAAAUUUUGAAAUAUAAAUUAUUAGAAGUAAUAAAUAAAAAAUUACAAAAAUAUACAAACAAUGGUAGAGGAUUAAAUACUAUUACUACAUCUAACAAUAUGAAUAAUCAAAAUGUUUUAGGAAAUAAUUUAAAUGAUUCUAACACUGUUAAACCUAAUAAAGAAGCUUUGAAAUAUCUUGUAGAAGAGUCUGAAUAUUGUUUUAUUAUUAUAAAUCAUUUGUUGUAUCAAUACAAACAACUUCUUCAAUGUUUUACUUAUUUGUCUAAUACAUAUUUUGACUACUAUCAAAAUAUUGUCGUUUUCAAGACAAUUAUUUUGUCCCACCAUGCGGCCACUCCAUCCCUUUGGCUCUAUCUAUACAUAAACGUUGAGGAAUCCUUUUCAUUUGCUUCUUUGCUACACGGGAUUGUCGAAGUAAAGGUCGAGAGUGUCCAUGAUGAAGAUGAAUAUAAUGAAGUUUGCAAAAUUAUUAAUAAUAAUAUUAUGAAAAAGUUGGAGCAAUGCAUUUUUGCUCUCAAAUCAAAGCCAAUUGAUAUAUCGGAGCGAGUCAAUUCUUAUAACUUGGUUGACAUCAUAUACACGAUCCUACUAAAUGAGAACUACAAUUUCCAUACCUACCAAAACAACUUAGAAGGGAACAUAAGAAAUAUCGGAUCUUGUGAUCACAUAAUAAAUGAAUUGAUAAACAAAAGUAUAAUAGUUCCUAUAGAUUUUAAAAGAGUAGAAGGAAAAUUUGUAGAAUAA